AAAAAGAGCAAGGUCCGAAGAAAGGGGGUUGGUCUGACGCCCUUCAGUUGUGUGUGAGUUUACCUACUGUGUCAAGUUGUAUAAUCGAAAUGGAUGCAGAGAAGAUUUAUGCCGAGCAUUCCAUACUUAAAUUGGUAUACCACCGCAAUAAGAAUCAACAUAAGAGAACCAAAUGGUGGAAAUGGUUGUCAGUAUUAAAACGUACCACCUGGAACCUCGCACGAUCUCUUGACUGUAUACAAUCACCUAGCGGAGCGGCAGACUCCCCUGAUCGAUACAUACAGUGUCUUGCGAAUCAUAUUCUUCCAAGAUGUUACCUGACCUUCUCGACAGUUGUGGCUGAUGGGCAGUUUUCUACUCUUGGGGCAGUGUUGUUAGGCACAUUGGCUCGCCUUGCGAAAUCCACAGGAAUUGACAAAGAAAUGAAGCUUGCAGCUCAGACAGAAACUCCCAGGGCCGCUUCUUCACACGCUAGGAUCGACGGUCCAGAGGAUGUCGGAGAGGUUCUGGCUCGAAAUAACAAUUUGUCAGGUCUCGGAGGAUUUCUAAAGAUGCCUUGUUCAAAGGCAGAAGAAUGCCCGAAGUCCAGCCCGAAGAAAUGGAACAAAAUCACGGAUACCGCCGUAAAACAGAGUAAAAACAAGAGGAGGAGGAAGAAAAAGGAUGCCAUUGACGACCUUUUCGAUAGUCUCUUGUAGUUCUUUUUCUUACAAUCUGUCAGCGCCCGUUUUCUGUUGUCAAUGACUCAUACUAGUCACCAUUGGAAGCACCGAGCGGAUUCAUAGCUGUUUGACAAUUAUGAUUCUCUGUGAAUAAUAACGCAGAGAGCUCAUCUCUUUAUAAAUAAGCGCCAAUCGAUCUCUCCCAGUACAUUUACCACAAUGUGGUUGAUCAUCGCCCAUGCCAUAGUGUAAAGGUAUUUCGGGGAGAAGACCGUCCAGAUAAAAAGAUGUGUCCUUAAAAUUGUACACGCCGCCAUCACUGACAUUAACAUUGUUGUCAAAUGAAAAGUCAGUAUGGUUAUAUGCGCCUGCUUUUCUUCCCGAUUCUGCGGGGAACGGAG